UGCAGGGGAGGGGCAAGGAGGAAGGGGCUGGAGGAGGGUACGUGGGGGCGGGCCGCCCCACGGCUGAAGCACUGCACCAGACUCAGGCAGAAGGCCAGCCAUGUCCAGCCCAGGGCUCCUGCUCCUGCUCUUGCUGCUGUCAGCGUCACCACCGCUGCGACCCUCCUCGCUGGCACGGCCGGAAACCCCAGAAGGCAAAGCCACCAUCACAGGCCUCAUCCUCUCCGCGCUGGAGAGAGCCAUUUCCUUCCUGGAGAAGAGGCUGCCUGAAAUCAACCUGGAUGGCGUGGUGGGGUUCCGGGUGCUGGAAGUGCAGCUAAAAGGUGUUCAGGAAAAAUGGGCUCGGGACCCCCAGCUGCAGCCGCUGAGCCUGAGUGUGGGGAAGCUGGUGGAAAAACUAGCACCUCUCCUUCACAGAUCCAUUUUCUACCUCGAGCUGAGUGACCCCAAGUACCUAAGAGAGUUCCAAUCAACCAUCCAGCCUGGGUUUUGGAAGCUUCCGCGUGCCUGGACCUGCACAGAUGCCUCCAUGGUCUACCCCACGUUUGAGACUCAGGACUCCUUCUCAGAGGAAAGCAGUGACUCGUGUCUGGUGCAGCUGCUGGGAACAGGGACCGACGGUGGCCAGCCCUGCAGGCUCUCAGACUUCUGCAGGACCCUCAUGACCAAGCCCGGCUGCUCAGGCUAUUGCCUGUCUCACCAGCUGCUCUUUUUCCUCUCAGCCAGAUUGAAGGGAUGCACGGAGGGGCUGUUCCGCCACAGCCAGCACUACAUGAACCUCUUUUGUGCCAACAUGAUGGACCUGAACCAGAGAGCUGAGGCUAUUGGAUAUGCGUACCCAACCCGGGACAUCUUCAUGGAGAACAUCAUGUUCUGUGGAAUCAGUGGCUUCUCAGACUUCUACAAGCUCUGGUGGCUGGAGGCCAUUCUCAACUGGCAGAAGCCAGAGGAAGGAUGCUUCGGGAGGCCUGCUGCUGAAGAUGAAGAAUUAUUGAAAGCCUUUCAACACCAACAGCACAUUUUAAGAAGAGUGAAGAGGCGAGAAAAACAAUUUACAGGGCACCAAGAAGAGGUAAAAACACCAAAGGAUGAAUCUCUUUAUCACUCCCGCACCCCACACCUCAGCUUCUUAUUGAAGAUAAAUUACAUGAGCACGUAACAUGAUGUGGAGAUUCGCCUUUUCCAGACACUGAAAACAAGUGGAACCACACAACAGAACUUCUGGGGGUGAUGAAAACGUCCUAAAAUUGGACUAAGAUAUGCUAUCUCUGCAACAUCUACUGAAAAUCAUUGACACGUACACUUUAAAACAGUUAAAUUUUAUGGUAUGUAAAUUAUACCUCAAUAAAACCAUUAUAUAAAAAAAACAAAAACAAAAACACACAAAAAAAACCCAAGAUCUUCCAGUAGCUUCCUGUUUCCGCUUAGGCUGAAAUCCAAAUGAAUUUCCCUGGAGCCCUGAAGGAUCUGGCUUUGGCCUGACCCUUCCUCCUCUACCCUCCCCGACCAAGCUCCAGCCCAUCUCCGGGCUCUAUAGUGCCCUCUGCUUGUGAGGCUCUGGCCCUGCAUCUCCCACAGCUGUCCCUUUUUUCUGGUCCCUUAUUACUCAGUCUACAAUGGGCUUCGAGAGGCCUUCCCUGCCACCUCCCCCUAAGACAUGGUUCUUUCUCCAUCCUGCUUCUUCCCACCACACUUGGGUUGUUUAGUGUGUGUCUCCACGAGGGCAGGGCCAAGCUGUCUGUUUCAUCAGCCUCUAGCACAGAGGAGGCGCUCAAUCUGUUGAAUACCCAAGUGACUAUACAGCCAGAUGAGGAUGUUGAGAAGAGACAAAGGUACUCCUAAGGAAGGAUAAAUGUGAGCAGAGGAGACAGCCCUGAGUUUGUUAGCUGGUAUGGCCUGAACUGUGGGUUCGGGCUUGUUGAAAGAUAAACUGAGGCAUAUUAAAAAUGUUAAGGGUUUAUUUGAGCAAAAAUCAAUUCAAAUCCAGCAGUACCAAAUUGAAGUGGAAAGAAGCCAGGGGAAAGACCUCAACAAAGAAAGCGAGAAAAUAAAGACAGGAAAUUGGUUGCCUAUAGUUUAAUGCCUAGUUGGCUGUUAGUUAAAGCUGUUUGUAAAUGGCCAUUCUUAGCAUUUUGGUUUCAUAACCUUGAGGCAUUUACAGUCUUGGGUUCUUGUUUGCUUCUGUAAGCAGUGUUAAAGAAAAAGAGGUGCACCUGGCAGGCUCAGUCGUGUAGCGUGCAACUCUUGAUCUCGGGAUCUUCAGUUCGAGGCUCACGUUGUAUGGAGAGAGGAAAAAAAGAACGAGAGAAAGAGAGAGAAAGAAAGAGAGAAACAGAGAAACAGAGAGAGAGAGGGAGAGGAAGGAAGGAAGGAAGGAAGGAAGGAAGGAAGGAAGGAAGGAAGGAAGGAAGGGAGGAAGGAAGGGAGACAACGGGCCCCAAAUAGAGUCACAUAUGCCAGGCCCCAUGUCAGCAAACCAAGACUUAAUACCUAACUUAACUGCAGUUUCAGCCUCUUCCAGGAAUGAAAGUUUUAACUCCAGUCUGGAGUAACCUGGUCAGCACUAGUGAAGUCAUCUACAAGAUAGGCCCCUGCCCUUCCCCCAAAGGAAGGUGAAGUUGCCAGAAACAAUCUUUCUUUGUCUCACUCCCUGUCUGCCUAUAAACGCCUUUCAUUUUGUACGGCUCUUUGGAGCUUUCUAUUUGCUAGAUGGAAUGCUGCUUAGUUCAUGAGUCGUUGAAUAAAGUCAAUUUGAUCUUUAAAUUUA